AUGGACGCACGCGACAGUUUACUUGUACCAGCUGUGAAGCCACCAACCACCCUCGACUCUAAUGGAGACAUCACUGAUCCUCCGGCUACACCGAAUACCAAACAACCCGCAUCCUUUGCUCACCCUCCUCAGCGACCCACUUCGCCUGUCCAGCCCGAGUCGUCCAACCUCUUCUGCAAAACAUGUCUGAAGAACCAGCAAAUGGUCACCACCCUCCUCGCAGAGUACCUACCCGCCGAGAAUCAUCCACAAUACCAAAAGUACGAGGCCGAGUACCCACAAUACCGCAAAGACCUCGAGCGUCGCUUUCCCCAAGUCUGCCCUAGAUGCGCCCCGAGAGUCGAGCAACAUCUGAAGAGGACAAACUACGUCGCAAAGGCCGACUUUCUCACACGGAACCUGGAGCGUUCAAAAGCCCAUGCCUUCAACAACCUUCCCACUUCAUCCUCUCUUGGCAUAUCUGCCUUGAGCGUUGUCGCACUGGCCUGGUGGNGAAGUGCUCUCUUUCAGACAUACUGGCACACUCUGGCUUUCUUGGGCAUUCCUGGGGACAACGAGGAGGUCGCCGACUUGACUCCUCUCAUGCUUGUUGGCUGCUCGGUAAAUGGUUUCCGCUUGCACUUUCUACCAGCGGGUUGCGCCCAUCUCUUUGUCAACCUUGUCAAGAAAUCUUUGUACCUGAGCUUCUGGCUUCUGUGGUGGAACCCGACUUUCAAAGACCGUCUAAGGUUCCCUUAUCGAACUCAUCAUGCAGUCGGUCUGGCCGACUUCUAUCGUUAUCAAUUUGCAAUCCUCGCUCUUAGAGCCACUGCCUGGUGGUACUUGAGUGAGCCCUGGAUCCAUGGCUCGGCUAGUGAUAUUACAAAGGGCAUGCACGGUUGUGCUGUCCUGUUCAUUGUCUUGAGCACCAUCGCUUCUUUGCGCACAGUUGUCUACUCUUCCGCUCCUAGAGUUUCAUGGAAAGCUAGCACGGAACCUUUGAUCGAACCAGGAAGCUUCCAUCCGCCGACCGAUGACUUUAUAAGUCAGGCCUCGCCUCAUCUUCCUACUAUGUCGCCCUCGCGACAGCCAUUUNCCGUCGAGAAUCUGGGUUCCCAUCGCGUCACCCGAUCAGCAACACGAGCUGCAUCGCCUCUUUUAUCUCGCUUCUCUCCGCCAUCACCAUCUCCUGGCCCUGCUCAGGACAUGGAAGAUUCGAUGGAUUGGGAGCCUAUCAGCCAACCCUCACCCAUCAGACCUACCCACACUGUUCAAGCUCCUGCAGCUUCGGCACUUCCACCAUUCCUACGUCCAGCCGCUAGUAUGGCCACUGGCGAAAAGUCUCCCUUUACUGGUCGCCUACCUCCAGCGCCCAUGUCUCCUGCACAUCGUCUGCGAAAUCCUCCACCACCGCCACAAUUCAAGCCGACUCCUCUCUCGCAGCAACGCGACUUCUUCAAGAAGAUGGGUCUCUCAUCUGCCAACGUGCCUUCCUUAUCGAAGAAGCCUGCUGUGACAGAAGACCAUGACGAUGAAGAUUCUCGACGCAAACCGGCCUCUUACGUCUCCAGCUUGGACAGAAACAGGACAAAAGACCAUUUCGAGUUACACCCAGCAAAAUGGACCUUACAAUCCGACAUGGAAGCCGCAGAGAAGGGCACAGGCCUCGAAGAUAUGUUUACCUCGAGCUUUAACAUCGCCGAUCCCAUGACACCAAAAUCCGCGCGCCGCAGUGCCGCUCAAUCUCCUGCAUCGCCCCUUGGUACUGAACGUCGGCAUAUCUUCGAUCAUAAUCCUAUGCAUCCUGUCACGGAGGAAACUGCUGCACAGGUUGUAGUGAGGAAUGCUAAGGAGAUGGCUUUGCCGGUUGGUUUGGCGUUGGCUGCUGCCAUUGCUGCUUGGGCUAGGGAUCCGGGUGCUAGGGAGUGGAUGGCAGGAGUUUGGAGCGGUUGA